CGUAGAAAACAGACAGUUUCUUAAUAAAAUGUAUGAAGAAGCGCUUAAAAAGAAACAAGAUAAGACAAACCUUUUUUGAAAUAUGACCAGCAAACUUUCUGGGUAAGUUUUUGGGGGGAGACGUUAAGAUUGACGGGGCUGUCCGUUAUGUUCAACAUGGAUGUCCAGGGAGCAACGGUGAGGCUUUGAAGAAGAAUUAAGGUCGUUUCUCGGUUAUUUUUGGUCGAGAAUUCUUCUGACGGACCUAAGCAGGAUUCAGAGUAGGCUUAAAUCUAGGUUUGUGUGUGAACCCUUGAGACAGACCAAUACAAAAGAUGUUAAGACUGUGGAGGCGAGACGUGCCCCUAUCAGAAAGGUUGGGUGAAGACUCUCCUCUAGCAGCAGCGCCCAGUUCUUCAUCCACAGCAUCACCUAUGGGUCCCAACAUCUCAUGGCUUCCUGAAGCACCACUGCUAGGUCAGGAGCAGCCUAUCUUCCUCAUGACUCCUGCAGCACAGGCUGUGUCUGGUUUCUUUGUAUGGACUGCACUCAUCCUCACCUGUCACCAGAUCUAUAUGCAUCUACGUUUCUAUAGCUCACCAAGAGAGCAGCGUCACAUUGUGAGGAUCCUCUUCAUCGUUCCAAUUUACGCCUUCGAUUCCUGGCUCAGCCUGCUCUUCUUCACCAACGACCAGUACUACGUUUACUUCGACACAGUCAGGGACUGCUAUGAGGCAUUUGUGAUUUACAACUUUCUGAGUCUGUGCUACGAAUAUCUGGGAGGAGAGAGUACCAUUAUGUCUGAGAUUCGAGGGAAAUCCAUUGAGUCGAGUUGUAUGUACGGCACCUGCUGCCUCAGAGGAAAGGCCUACUCCAUUGGCUUUCUCCGCUUCUGCAAGCAGGCCACGCUCCAGUUCUGUGUGGUCAAACCGCUCAUGGCCAUCAUCACCGUUAUCCUUCAGGCCUAUGGCAAAUACAAAGAUGGAGAUUUCAAUGUGGCUAGCGGUUACCUGUACGUGACCAUCAUCUACAACAUCUCUGUCAGCUUGUCCCUCUAUGCCCUAUUCCUGUUCUACUUCGCCACCAGGGAGCUGCUCAGCCCUUACAGCCCCAUGCUCAAGUUCUUCAUGGUCAAGUCGGUCAUCUUCCUCUCCUUCUGGCAGGGCAUGCUUCUGGCCAUCCUGGAAAAGUGCGGGGCCAUCCCUCAGAUCAACUCUGUGGAGGUGUCUGUCGGCGAAGGGACAGUUGCUGCCGGUUACCAGAACUUCAUCAUCUGCAUUGAGAUGUUUUUUGCAGCACUAGCCCUGCGACAUGCUUUCACCUACAAAGUAUACAUGGACAAAAGCCUCGAUCUGCAAGGACGCUGCGCCCCCAUGAAGAGCAUCUCCAGCAGCCUAAAGGAGACCAUGAACCCUGGGGACAUGGUCCAGGACGCCAUCCACAACUUCUCCCCAGCCUACCAGCAGUACACGCAGCAGGCCACUCUGGAGCAGGGGGCGCCGCAACCCGUUGGCCGCACCCACAGCACCAUUGGUACCCGAGGGGACACAGAGAAGACACUCUUGCUCAGCUCUGAUGAUGAAUUCUAGAGCAAAAAGAGAACAAGUCAUUUUGGUGUUAAACCACUAGGCUGUUUUGAGUCACUCUUGUACAUACUGAAUCAUACGUGACUUUAUUUUUGGCUCGGGUUGAAAUUGCAUAAUUUAGCCCGUCAUGUUUUCCUGUUUCACUGCAGUCAUGUUAUUUAAUUUUUUUGUUCUGGUUUUGGUUGGACUCAUGGCUCUGUUCAAACAUUUUAAUGCCAAAACUGGAAAAACCUGGAUGAGAUAAUUAAGUUUCUAACUCUGCCUUUCCUGGUUUAUGGUUGGAUUUUAAGGGACAGCAUUAGUAGCAACAAGGGAAGCAAUUUACAAACAGCAGUUGAUGUCGGUUUUACCGAUAUUGGUGAAGCCGAACAGAGCGAGGCAGAGCAGAUUCUAGAUUACACAGCACAUCUGCUCCAGCAGUGCAGUGAAGGGCAGCGGCAGCGCAGUCAGGCAGGAUUACACUGGUGUAAUUGGGGCGUUAUUUGUCCAACAGCCGGGAUUAAUGCCUGUGCUGGUUCACACAGGGCAUCAAACCUCCACAGACCACAAUGUAGGUUAACUGGAUUGAAGGGAAACAGCAGAGGAAUAUAGGUUAGAGCUAACAUCAAACUCCACUUUUCAACAUCAGAAUUAAAGCUCAGCUCUUUUCAGACACACAGGGUUUUCUCUACUGGUAUAAGACUGAGGCUUCACCAGCAACAAAACUGAAGAAACAGAAGAUCUCUGGGGAGAUUCCUCAAUCACUUUGGACAGAAAAGAUAUUAGCCUCAACAGAAUGUGUUUCUACAUGGAAAUAAGAUUUUUUUAAAGUAAAAAGUGUCUGUUAUUCACCAAGUCACAUAUUGAGUUUAUUGGUGAUCAUAUUCACUAUGCACUUCAUUGAGCUGUUCCCUAAAAUUUUACAAAAAUGUGCAGAUUUUAAAGAUUAAAGUAUCUGCAGCACCUCAGCCCAAAAAAUAAACCCAGAGGAAAUCCCAGGAUGCAUCUGAAUUCAGCUCUAUCUACUGAUAUUUAAAG